UGACCUCAAAAGAACCAUUCGACUUGAGUCUAUUAGAUUUAGCAAACAGUUAUAUCUAGAGCAGGCUAAAAUAGAAGGGUCUCUAGUUAAGGCGUUAGAAGAGGUGCUGGGAGUGGGCUCUGCAUCCCCAGUUUUGGUGGCGAGAUCAACUUUGGACAGACACUUCAAUGCCAAAAACGAAGGCUGCAGGGUCGACCAAAGCCUUGUGAGUGGAUUUGGUAGAUGGAAACUGAAAGAAGACCGUCGUUUAUAUGUAUAUGUAUAUAUAUAUAUAUGUGUGUUUGUCCCCCCCAACAUCACUUGACGACCGAUGCUGGUGUGUUUACGUCUCCGUAACUUAGCGGUUCGGCAUAACCGACCGAUAGAAUAAGUACUAGGCUUACAAAGAAUAAGUCCUGGGGUCGAUUUGCUCGACUAAAAGCGGUGCUCCAGCAUGGCCGCAGUCAAAUGACUGAAACAAGUUAAAGAAUAAAAGCGUAUUUCAUUUUUAAUUUAUUUCGAUUUCAUUAUAUCGGAUUUUUAUACGAUCUAACUAAUGUAUAACCCCAGUCCCGAAAUUUUUUAAUUUUUUUAUUUGACCUUCGAAGAAAUUAGCUGCAACAUAUUAAAAUGAAAGGGAUUUAAGAAGAGUCAGCGACCUUGGAUAGUUUGAAGAAACACAUGCAUAUUAAAUUACUUCCUGUGGUGUCUUGUGGGUAAAUGGGAAUUUUUCAGUAUCCAGCUGUCGCAAACUUUAUAAUACUAAUAAUCCGUACUUAUAAUUGAUUUCUCAACUACCAUAUACACACAUUUAUAACAAGUCUAUCCUUUAUGAAACAUAUCCAACAUCAGAUGACAUUGAAGUAACGGAUGGCAAACCCCCAAUAUCUCUCCUGUUUUAAAGACUGAAGGAAAAUAUUAUAUGAAACAGAUGUAUCAGAUUGUUUCUACAAAUCUGUGUAGAAUCCCUGUGAAACAUUUACUCUGAAAUAAUAUUAUUAGCAAAAUUUGUGAACAUCACCAACUGGAGUAUCAAGAAGAGGUGCCUGUGAACUGAUUAAAGUUGGAUAAAUUUAUGUUAGUGUUGCUAAAGAAAGGUAACACUGGACAGAAAUACAGCAGUAAAAGUGUUUGUAAGAUAUAAAGUACAAGAACAAAAGGAAGAAAAAUGUAUAAACUGAGAUUUAAGAGAAGUAUUGGAAGAGAGUAAGAAAAUUAUAUAAUUGAUUUCUUCUCAAUAGGAUAAAAGACUGAUGUUUGUGCAAAGUCUGUCUUUUAAAGAAAUUAACCUAAUUAUGCACAAACGUACUCAUACAGGAAAGAAACCACAUCAGUGUGGUAUCUGUGGUAAAGCAUUCUUUACAAGUAGUCACUUAUCUAGACACAAGCGUAUUCAUACUGGUGAGAAACCAUAUCAUUGUGAUAUCUGUGGUAAAUCAUUCUUUCAAAGUAAUGCCAUAACUAAACACAAACGUAUUCAUACAGGAGAGAAACCAUAUCAUUGUGAUAUCUGUGGUAAAUCAUUCUUUCAAAGUAAUGCCAUAACUAAACACAAACGUAUUCAUACAGGAGAGAAACCGUAUCAUUGUGAUGUCUGUGGUAAAUCAUUUUCAAUUAAUAGUGUCUUAACUGCACAUAAACAUACCCAUGCGGGAGAGAGACAAUAUCACUGUGGUAUCUGCUGAAUCAUUCUUUGAAACCACUACAUUAACUACACACAAAUAUAUUCAUACUGGAGAAAAACCAUAUCACUGUGAUAUCUGUGGUAAAUCAUUCUCUCGAAAUAGUGAUUUAAAGAAGCACAAACAUAUUCUUACAUACUUAUAUAUAUACUCAAGCAUACAUAUAUGAAUACAUACGUGUGUAUGUAUUUUCAUCGAUGAGUUCAUGAACCCUGGUUCUUUU